CGGAUGCUGCACCGUUUUUUGGGAAACUCUCUGGCUGAGGUCCGGUCUGUGUUGUGGUUUUCCUGCCCUCUGCCCCCAAGACCGGUCCCUUGUGUUACACAUACUGUCGGUGUGUGCCGGGUCCCUGCCAUGCCGAAAAAGGAGGGAAAAUCACAAAAGAAAAGGUCUACGGAGACUGCAGCCUCAGCACCAACAGGACCGGUUGGAAAAGAUAAAAAUGGUUUUAUUACCAUUGCUAUUCAUGCAAAGCCUGGCUCUAAACAAAAUGCCAUAACAGAUGUGACAUCUGAAGCUGUUGGGGUUGCAAUUGCUGCUCCUCCAACAGAAGGAGAGGCAAACGCAGAGCUAUGUCGCUAUUUAUCAAAGGUUCUUGAUGUAAAGAAAAGUGAAGUUGUCCUUGAUAAGGGUGGAAAAUCCCGAGAGAAAAUAGUGAAGGUUUCAGCAGCACUCACUCCUGAAGUUAUUUUGGAAAAGUUAAAAGAGGAGGCAUCUGUGAGCUGAGCUUUUCAACCUGAUAAAUAACCAGUUACUUUCUUGUAAAGGUUACAACCAUGAACUGUCCAUAAAGAGGACUAGUCCCUCCACCACCAAACCUGACAGUAAUCAAGUAAAACGUGUAAAUUUAAGCAUGUAUUGGGCUUUUUUCUGUCUUCCUGUUUUAUCAAACAUGCUGGGCAGUGCUAAAAGUUGUGUAAAUUAGCAGCCAAGUAGGUAUUUGGACGUCUGCUACAUUCCGGGACGCAUUUUUAUUUUAUGUUUGAAGUUGUUCCAGGGAAACAAAAUCGAGAAUGAAUAACAAUCUUGUAUGGCAA